AUGGCCGACAAAAACACAAAACAAAACAACAAAUGGGACAAUAGUAUUGUUUCAGUCCGAGAAAUUGACGAAACAACACCCCUUCUGGAAUCACAAACGGGGCCCGGCUAUGAAACCGCUCCGAAGUGUGCUGAUGAGGAGGUAUGGAAGCCGUCUGCAGGCUUCUGGUGGAUCGAAACAGCUCUUUGGGCGAAUGUCUUUCUCUCGGGGUUCGACGGCACGAUAACCGCUUCCACCUAUGCUGCGAUCAGCUCCGACUUCAACGCUGCCAACAACGCGGCCUGGCUGACGACAUCAUACUUGGUCACAAGCACAGCCUUCCAGCCGCUGUACGGCCGGUUUUCCGACAUGUUUGGGCGGAGAAUAUGCUUCUUCGUAUCGACGCUCGCCUUCAUGAUCGGUUGCUUCGGUUGUUCCAUCUCGCAGAGUAUGCUGGGGCUCGACAUAAUGAGGGCCGUAACGGGUUUCGGAGGCGGAGGACUGAUCACAAUGGCGACGGUCAUAAACUCGGACAUGAUCCCGUUGAAACAGAGGGGUAUGUACCAGGCCAUGCAGAAUAUUCUCGUCGGUUUCGGUGCGGUUCUCGGGGCGUCUCUCGGGGGUGUGAUGGCCGAAAGCAUUGGAUGGCGGUGGUGUUUCCUGUUGCAAGUUCCGGUAUCCAUCGUAGCCCUGGUCGUGGGUUAUAUCGUCCUGGAGAAUCCCCCUUGUGCCAUCCCAGUAACGGAUCCCAAACACCCGUUUCUGUUUGUAAUGCGGCGCUUGGAUCUGAUUGGGGCCCUCGUCCUUGUCGUCGGUCUCGUGGCACAGCUCUUGGGGUUGAGCCUGGGCGGCAACGACUUUCCCUGGGGAAGUCCCUUUGUGAUCGGCGCGUUGGGUGGGAGUGUCGCUCUGCUGGUGUUGUUCGUGAGAAUCGAGGCGACGACCAAGGCGAUACCCAUGAUCCCGCUGCGUAUGCUGCGGGGUGGGCAGCCCACCGCCGUCCAGCUAACCAACGUGUUCUCCGGUAUGGCCGCAUAUGCCUACAUGUUCAUGGUGCCUUUGUAUUUCCAAGCCGUCCAGGGUGACUCUCCGUCCGAGGCGGGCCUGCGUCUGAUUGUCCCAGCCCUCGCAACGCCGGUUGGCGGCGUUAUUGCGGGCUCGUUGAUGCACCGCGGUUAUCCGUUGUCCUUAAACGUUCGUCUCGGUACGGCGACGAUGCUGCUUGGGAACAUGCUCGCGAUGACGCUCGGGAUGACGGGUAAUCGGUGGAAGGAGUUUGUGUAUCUGGUGCCUGCGAAUCUGGGGCUCGGCCUGACAAACCCCAGUGUCCUGUUCAGUUUUGUUUCCAUCUUUGAGCACAGAGCAGAGCAAGCUGUGGCUACGUCCACCGUCUACUUGAUUCGAUCCAUGGGCACCAUCUACGGUGUUACUGUGACGUCGGCAAUUGUUCAGAAUGUUUUGCUGGCGAGGUUGCCUGAGGCUCGGGGGGAUUCGGCGACGGAGGAGCUCAUCGAGAAACUACGCCAGUCACUUUUCGCGCUAAGUGAGCUCUCCCCUAGUUUGGAGGCAGCGGUUCGUGCAUUGUACUGUGAUGCAUUGAGAAUGGCGUUUUCAGCAUCGAGUGCUUUCGCUUUUCUCGCUUUCGUGUUCUCAUUGGCGCAUCGGACGGGGUCGCUGCAGAGAGAGGCAAGCGUGGAUGGUGAAAUUGAUGGGAAAGACACUUGA